AUGCUUGACAGUAAACUAAAUUACGGAGAGCAUAUAAUUAGGGCAGCCGACAAGGCGGCAAAAGUAACAGCCUCACUUGGCACACUCAUGGCCAACGUCAACGGUCCCAGAUCGUGCAUGAGGCGACUACUGAUGCGCACCGCCGCAGCAGUAAUGCUGUAUGGCGCAGAAGUCUGGACCGAGGCGUUGCGACAUGAGAAAUAUCGCAAGCGCAUAACCACGGUACAGAAGACGGACACUCUCCGAAUCGCGUGCUUCUACUGCACGGUCUCGGAGCCCGCAGUGCUAUUGUUCGCGGUAAUCCCGAUCGAUCUACUAAAGAGAGACAAUUCGUCCACCAGCAGAAGCACCUUCUGGGGAAGGAGGAGGCAUCAAGGAUCGCCAGGUCUAACUCUGCAUCGAGGCCUGGCAAAGCAGAUGGGAACAGGAACCUAG